ACCCAGGUAGGUAAGGUAACGACUCGGUACCUACCUCCUAGAGGUAUCUCUCCCUCCGCAACCGCGUAACGCAACUACCCUCCUUCCUUCCUCCUAUACUCUCUCCUCCGGUUUUUCAGGCAGGUGGGUAGGAGGAGGUAUGUACCCGAGGUGGAUACCCAAUGUACCGUCUACCUUCUGCGCCUGGCUCCUCUCGUCGACGGGCCUCGCACCCGUUCCCUGCGUUCCGUGUAGCGAGGUACGCAGACCAGAGGCCGGCGGUACGGGCAGUCGCAGCAGCAGACGCAGACUACCUCCUAGACAGACAUCUCGCGCCUGCAUCUUCCAGGUUCUCCGGGCUCCUGGGCGGUCGGGUCGGGUCGUAGUAGCCUCGCUUGACGCCCGCAUGCCUCAGGCGACCGGGGCCGCUUCGAUGGCAGAGGUUUCAUCCAUUUACCGUUCCAUCGUACAUCCACCAUUUUUGAUUUAUCACCAAAUCUCUGUCUCGCUCUUGUUUCCUUCUCCUUCUUCCACUCCUCUUCUUCUUUUUCUUCUUCUCCCUCCUCUUCCCUCUCUCUAUUCUUUACAUAUCACUCGGGCCUCCUCGCAACUUGCUUACAUCCCCGGACCGUCGUCGAAUUCCGGUUGGACUACGACUCCCUCGGCCGAUUUCCGUGAUUGGUCCCGAAUCUCCGUCACGCUGCUACCGCACGAACCUCAACGUGGUUCACAAUUGGGGCAGAGAGUUGCUUCGCCGUUCGUCGGGGGCACGGGCCGGAGUGUUCCGGUGCACAACGGGAUACCUGCGCAACUGAGCCUAUCUCUAUCAUCGUCUUAUCCCUUUCGCCUAUUCCGGGACAUCGACGCUUUCUGUGUCGUCUCACGGCGCCCGGGUCUACAAACCGCGGCCGUCCUAGCCUGUCCCUAGACUCUGGUAGCGCCUCUAUUAUGGUGCGGAGUGCUCGAUCGGCUUCUGGGGAUCCCGUGUGUGUUCUUAAUGCCAAACGGCGGCGGAGUUAGCCCAGCCGAUCCGUUGAUUCGCUCGUCCAACUCGGUCGCUUGCCCGCGAGUCUGCCUAGGCGUCCAUAUACCUGCUCUGCGUCGAUUAGUUCGUUUCUAUUCGUC